AAAGUCUAGAGAAAGAGAACAGAGAAGAAUCUAGAGAGUUGAGCAGAAAUUCUGAAUAGAGGAUAAGAGAGAAUAGAAGUGGAGUAACUAACUAGUGUAUUGUGUAGUUUUCAAGAGAGAUAACCAGUAGAAAUGGUUCUUGAAAGUACUAUGAUAUGUGUGGAUAACAGUGACUACAUGCGGAAUGGGGACUUUCUACCCACAAGAUUGCAAGCUCAGCUGGACGCCGUUAAUAUUGUGUGUCACUCAAAAACCAGAUCUAAUCCGGAGAACAAUGUGGGGUUACUUACCCUAGCAAAUGUUGAGGUAUUGGCUACGCUGACCUCUGAUACCGGAAGAGUAAUAUCAAAGUUACAUCAAGUCCAACCUGAAGGGAAUAUCAAUCUUCUCACUGGAAUUAGAAUUGCUCACCUUGCAUUGAAGCACAGACAGGGCAAGAACCACAAGAUGCGUAUCGUGGCCUUUGUUGGCAGUCCAGUUGAAACUGAGGAGAAAGAACUAGUAAAACUGGCCAAACGACUGAAGAAAGAAAAAGUGAACGUGGAUGUUGUCAGCUUUGGAGAGGAGAUUGUGAACACUGAGUUGCUCACUUCGUUUGUGAACGCAUUGAACGGCAAGGAUGGUGGAGGAAGUCACCUGGUCACUGUCCCACCCGGCCCCCACCUCUCCGAGGCCCUCAUCUCUUCUCCUGUCAUCCAGGGUGAAGACGGCAUGGGUGGAGCUGGUCUGGGAGGUGCUGGUUUUGAGUUUGGAGUUGAUCCCAAUGAAGAUCCUGAGCUUGCUUUGGCUCUAAGAGUCUCUAUGGAGGAGCAGAGGCAGCGACAGGAGCAGGAAGCAAGGAAAGCGACCACUGAGAGCAAAGAGACUGCUCGCCCAGACACUAUUAAAGAAGAUGUGACAGGUGACAGUGAGGAAGCAUCCCUGGAGCGUGCCCUGGCAAUGUCUGUGGAACAGGAGGAGGCACAGACCCUCUCCCCCCACCACACUCCUGACUUCAGCCACAUGACCGAGGAGGAGCAGAUCGCCUUUGCCAUGCAGAUGUCAUUGCAAGAUUCUCAGGAACCUACCACCACCAAGGACUCUGCGGAGAAGAAGAAAGAUGAACCUACAGAAACGCCAAUGGAAGUGGAGGACUACGCAGAAGUGAUAAACGACCCUGAAUUCCUGCAGAGUGUGCUGGAGAACCUGCCCGGAGUGGAUCCUCAGAGUGAGGCGGUGCGGCAGGCUGUAGGGUCCCUACACAAGGGCAAAGAGGCGAAAGACAAGAAGUCUAAAGAUGGCAGCAAAUAAACAUUAUAUUAACUAGUUUGCUUAAUUUUGUGAAAGUUCUAUUAUAAUAUCUUUUUUCAAAUAAUUGUGCAUUUUAUGUUGCAAAGUAAAUAUUCUGGCUGAAUA